AUGACUCGAUCCUUAUCUCAAGAUUUACAAAACAGUCUUCGUUCUCUUUUGUCUGAGCCCGACAUGUCCUUUGACGAGAUUGCUCAACGAUUACAUGUCUCUAAACCGACUGUUUCGCGUUAUUGUAACUCAUGGGGUAUCGCGCAACCUGAUAAUCUCGGGGGAAGACCUUCUAUUUUAACCAAAACCAGCAAGGCGUUGAUGAAGAGGAUGGUGCUUACUGGUGAACUCAAGACUGUCAAGCAGGUUCAUCAGCACUUUGUGAGUUUAUACCCCAAUUUAACUUACUACAUCACCUUGAGUGCACUCAAGAGCAUGGGCUUCAAGAUAUGCUCGAAGAGAAAGCAUCCUUUCUAUACAAGAAGCGCCUAAAUUGGAUCUUGGCGUACUGAAGCUAGACCGUAUAUGAGUAAAGAAGCGUAAUCCUCUCUCUGAUGAGUUAAAAAACAACGUCUAGGGGCUUGGAUGAUACUGAAA